GGUAAGGUACCAUCAUUAUUCAAUGGUUUAUUUAUUUCGACCCUUCUAAAAUCUGCCCGAUAUUCGACUCUGGACCGUCUGGACAUUAUUCGAAGGCUUCUCUCUUUCGCGGUCGGGGGAGUUUUACAUGUUUUUCAACGUCGAACUUCAGGCCUCUCCCCACCAGGAUUUAGUGCUCUUCUUCGGAUAAUUUUGCUUGGAAACGCGUAAAUGCAUUAUCCAGGGAACAUUUGGCUUGUGCUCUAACAGAUUACAACACGACUGAGUGACAAAUUCAAGAGACGACAAGCGAUCACUCGGAGUAGCAACGAUGGACAAGCAUUAAUUUUCAAUCUUCUCUUCUCUGUCUUUCUGGUGAUGGUGUUUUUUCCCUUCCUUUUCUGGUUCUGGGUCUUGUAGAUCACAUUAAAAGGAGGAUUUAUUGGUCAUUUUAUGGUUCUUCCCUUAGCUUGCAGGGUAAACAAUAGAAAUAGAAGCAUUAGCUUUUCAUGUGUAGUUUAAGAGUAUUUUACUUUGGAUUGGAAUCUUUAAUAUUUCUUUUUGCUUCUUCAUCAAGCAAGCUUGAGAGUUAGUGAACAGGAACUUGUUCAGGCUUUUUACCCUUCAUUCCUUUCUUCAAGUUCUAGGAAGUUGUUUACGCAGGGGAAACUAUGUAUUCUAGGUGUUGUCUCCUCGGCCGCUUAGAGGGUUGCUCUAGCAAGAAACCAUGUUGUUCAUUCUUACAGUUUUCUGGAGAAUAUCUGCGCGCACUUAUUCUUUUGAUGGUGGAUAAUAUCAAGCUUCUUUUCCAUAGAAGAAGCUGCCAUGGAUGCUGCACUGCAUCUGCACUAAGUAAUGCAAUGGAUGGGCCGUCUAAAGGUCUGAGAGUUAAAGACCAAGAAGCAAAGAAACAAUGCUUACCAGAAAAUAUCCCGAGCUCUAGCACAUGUGAAAUGGACAACAGUACAGUUUGGUCCCAGAGAAGCAUGGCAUCAGCUCACUCACAUGAUUCUCACAGCAAUAUUGGGAGCAGUACAGACUUUGUAAAUUCUGGACUACUUCUUUGGAAUGAAACCAGGAAGCAAUGGGUUGGAAAUAAAAUGUCCGAGAGGCAAAAGCAAGUUCAAGAACCCAAAAUAAGCUGGGAUGCUACUUAUGACAGCUUAUUAAUAACAAACAAGCCGUUCCCCGAGCCUGUACCUCUUACUGAGAUGAUAGAUUUUCUUGUUGAUGUCUGGGAGCAGGAUGGUCUAUAUGACUGAGCCUGCAGUUCAAGGGAGUCUUCAUAUUGUUUAAACUUAUGCAGCUCGAAUUUUUUUCGCUGCUGAAUUUAUAUCUUCGAUUACGGGAAAUCGUUCAAUGCUUAUAGUAUACAAAUACUAGUGUUUAUAUGUUGAAUUCAAGCUACCCAUUUUGGAUAUUUUUCAAGAAUGGGAUCAUUUUGAAAAUAUAGGCUUUUAUGUUGAACUUCUGCUAGCUUUGAGCAGUUUGGGGUUCGCAUCUUUACUGGCUUUGGCGUAAUGAACACAGUUUGGGCUCUAAGAAUUCUUAAGCCCAUAAAGAUAAGUUGUGGCCACGAUCGUAUUAAAGAUUCCCAGGGUAUAAAGUGUAAUAAAUACCAUUUUAAUGCUACAACUGCGUAAUUGGUGGGGCA